AUGCGGGAGGUGGAAGAAAACAGUGGUCUGGCAUCUCCGGGGCAGUUCGUGGAUGCUCGAAAUGCAAAUGUUAGCUACCUGGUCCCCUGCGGAAAAGACAAAUACAUCUCCAAAAGUGAGCUGCUCUUACACUUGAAGACGUACAACAUCUACUACGAAGGGCAAAAUUUGCAGCUGCGGCAUCGGGAGGAGGAAGGUGAGCUCAUCGUGGAGGGGCUGCUGAACAUCUCCUGGGGCUUGCGGCGACCCAUCCGCCUGUCCGUGCUGAAGCCCAGCACCUUGCCGGACAUCCAGGUUACGGAUGCGGAGGCCACGCCAAACGCGGAGGCUCCCGGGAGCGGCGCAGGAUCUGCCAAAUCGCAGCCAGAGGAGACGCCGCAGCUGAUGCGGACGCGGAGCGACGUGGGCGUACGGCGCCGGGGCAGCGCCCGCACCCCCAGCGAGCAGCGGCGCAUCCGCCGUCACCAGAAGCAGAAGCUGCGAGCCAGCGAUUACCCCCUGAUCGCCCGCAUCCUGCAGGGCCCCUGCGAGCAGGUCUCCAAGGUCUUCCUCAUGGAGAAGGACCAGGUGGAAGAAGUCACCUACGACGUUGCUCAGUACAUCAAAUUCGAGAUGCCCGUCCUCAGGAGCUUCAUCCAGAAGCUGGAGGAAGAGGAGGAUCGUGAAGUGAAGAAGCUAAUGCGCAAAUACUCCAUCCUCCGGCUGAUGAUCGAGCAAAGGCUGGAGGAGAUUUCCGAAGGUCCGACGGCGAUGUGA